AUGGAUAAUCAAUUCAUUUUACAUCACAACAAUAAUAUUAAUAAUAAUAAUAAUUCUAAUAAUAUUACAGAAAUCAAUAAUAAUAAUAAUAUUUAUAGUAAUCAAGAAUAUAGUGCUAAUAAAUCACCUUUAAAUAUACCAACAGGAGUUAACUCUCAAACAAUGUCAUCUUUUGAUAGUUAUUCAAUUGGCAACGGUGGAAACAGCAACAGUAAUAGCUGGGUUGAUAAUAACCCUUUUUUCGAUUCGAGUUCACUCACCAAUGGAAACGGUCUCACACAGCAACAGGUAGUUAAAAUGAAGCAACCACCACAGCCAAAUGAAAGCAGCAAUAGUAACAGUGGUAGCAACACUCCACCUUCUUCCUCAAAUUCAUUUUCAUCACCAUCAUCACCAAACGACGGAAAGGAUGAACUUUCUUCAUCAUCGAUUCUUAGAGAAGACGAUCUGAGAGAUUACAGUAGUCACAAAAAAGAAAAGAAAGAGAAAGAUAAAGAGAAAGAAUCAAAGACAGAGAAACAAAAAGCAAGAAGGACCAACCAGAAUAUUGCAAGUAGAAAUUAUAGACAAAGAAAGAAGGUUUAUAUUAAAGAAAUGGAAGAUAGAAUCAAUCAAUUAACACUUGAAAAUGACUCAUUAAAGAAAGAUCUUAGUAAGAUUGGAAAUAAUCCAAUUGAAUUAUUGAGAUUCCCACAAGAGAUGGUUUAUUUAAUGACACAAAUCAGAAAGAUUGUUAUUCAACUCGAUCAAUCGUUGCGCAACGGUGAACCAGAUCAAGUUGUUAGAACCAUAUUAAAUCACUGGCAUACUUCAAUGGAUCAAGCAUCUGCACUCAAUGAAAAGGAAAUAGAAAGAUUUGUUCAUCCAUACACCCAAGUUAAACUUACACUUUUGGGAUAUAAGCCAUUCAGUAAUCCAUGGACAGAUUUCGUUAUGAAUGCUAGUCAUCUUCAGUGGUGGCCCAGAUAUACAGAAAAGGCAGAGCUGACUUUGGAGCAAAACGAACAGAUAACACAUUUGUGGGGACGUUUCUCUGAGGAGGAAGCUAUUUUGCGCAAGGAAAUGGCAGAGCUCGACGAAAAGAUUAAAAAGUUCUACAUGUCCAAGGUUAUCAUCCUUCCAGACUGCGAACGUUUAAAUAUUUUAGCACAAUCGAAUAUUCCAGUGGACGACAAUGUCGAUGGCGAAGCCGCAGAGAUUGGUGACAUUUUGGAAUUCACAUUCAAUUUGGAGCGUUUGAAACAAAAGUUUAUCAAAGUCAGUCGUUUAAUGUGGGACACAUCGAAGCAAAUGGGUAAAUUCCUGUCGACACGUCAAGAGGCAAUUCUCUUGGUAUUGGUACACUCCAACACAAAGUAUAUUCACGCAAACAUGGAAAUGGCAAACAAUCUGUGGAAUCAACUCAACCAGUCCAACUACCGUCAACUCCAAAAGACAAGUUCCUCAAGCAGUAGCAGCUCUUCCAGUAACAACACCAGUUCUUCACUAUCUUCACUUUCCAUUAGCAACAAUAACAACAACAGUAAUAAUACAAGUCCAAUCAACAGUCUAAAUAUUUUGCAAUCGCCACCACAACUCUCACCACCUAGCAACAUCAUGUUAAACAAAACAACAACUACCACUACCACAACAACAACUACACUUCCAACAAUUGUUAAAUCUCCACCUCAACAACCACAGCAGCAACAACCACAACCACAACAACAACAGCAGCAACAGGCUAAUGAUGCUAUGCUUCACUACCAUUCCAAUUCUAAUUUAUCAAUGUUUUCACCACAUCAAUCAUUCCGCAUGCAACCAAACACCUUUGUCAACACUGUGAUGACAAAUAACUUGCCAAACCCAACAACUUCACCAAUCAUUUUAGCAAACAAUCCAAAUACCGAUUACUCUCAAUUCCAAUCGCCAAUUACCGACUUGUUUUCACCAACCAACCAUAGUAUACAAUUACCACAACAAUUACAACAACAACAACAACAACAACAACAAUCAAACAAUACAAAUACACGCUACACAAAUCAACAACCACAACAACAACAACAACCACAACAGCAACAGCAACAACAACAACAACAAUCGGAGCCAUCAUAUCAGUUCCAUUAUUAUCAGCCCAUCCAAUAA